GCGCUGGCGCAGCGAGAACUUUGAGAGGCCCGUGGACCUGGAGGGUUCUGGGGACGAUGACUCCUUCCCAGAUGAUGAACUGGACGACCUCUACUCAGGGUCAGGCUCAGGCUACUUCGAGCAGGAGUCGGGCCUUGAGACGGCCAUGCGGUUCAGCCCCGACGUGGCCCUGGCUGUGUCCACCACGCCCGCUGUGCUGCCCACCACGGACGUCCAGCCAGUGGGCACCCCGUUUGAAGAGCUCCCCUCCGAGAGCCCCACCCCAGAGCCUGUCACCAGCCCUCCAGUGGUGACAGAGGCCCCAGAGGAGCCCAGCCAGAGAGCUACCACCAUCUCCACCACCACGGCAACCACCGCUGCCGCCACCACAGGGGCCCCCACGGUGGCCACGGUGCCCGCCACUGAGGCCACCGCGGCCCCCAGCAUCCCUGCAGCAUCCCCAGCCACGGCCACCACUGCUCUUGUGAGGACCACCGGCAUCCGGAGGCUUCCGCCUCUCCCACUGACCACAGCCGCCAUAGCCCAGGCCACCUCUCCAGCAGCGCCCUCCCCCCCGACCACGGUGGCCGACUUAGACACCGAGGCCCCAACGCCCAGGCUGGUCACCGUAGCUACCUCCCGGCCAGGAGCCCUUCCGAGGCCGGCUACCACCCAGGAGCCUGACGUCACUGAGAGGAGCACCCUGCCCCUGGGGACCACUGCACCUGGACCCACAGAGUUGGCUCAGACCCCAACUCCAGAAUCCUUCCUGACUACAAUCCGGGAUGAGCCAGAGGUGCCAGUGAGCGGUGGCCCCAGCGGGGACUUUGAGCUGCCGGAAGAAGACACCACACAGCCAGACACAGCCAAUGAGGUGGUGGCUGUGGGAGGGGCGGCGGCCAAGCCGUCACCUCCACCAGGGACACUGCCCAAGGGUGCCCGCCCAGGCCCUGGCCUCCUGGACAAUGCCAUCGACUCGGGCAGUUCUGCUGCUCAGCUGCCACAGAAGAGCAUCCUGGAGCGGAAGGAGGUGCUCGUAGCCGUGAUUGUGGGCGGGGUCGUGGGUGCCCUCUUCGCUGCCUUCUUGGUCACGCUGCUCAUCUACCGCAUGAAGAAGAAGGACGAAGGCAGCUACACGCUGGAGGAGCCCAAGCAGGCGAGCGUCACCUACCAGAAGCCUGACAAGCAGGAGGAAUUCUAUGCCUAGCGGAGCCUCAGUGCCUCCUUGCUGCCUCGACACCACCCCUCCACCCAGUCCCCGGCCAGCCCCACCAGACCAGGCCUGGAACUGGGCCCAGCAGGGAGCCUGGCCCCAGUUCUCCUUUGCCCUCCUUCUUGAGGCCCGCCCAGGUUGCCAGCCUCACACAGAUCAUCCCUGAGGAGCCGGGGUGGUUGCUGUCUGCCCCAGACUGUGCCCUUACGAGCUCAUCUCUUGUCCCCCCACCAGCCUGAGGCUUCAGGACCUUAUGUCAGAUGGACAGGAGGAAGGAAGCUCCUGAUUGGCUGGUGGAAUAAGGAGAAGAGGUGGGGCUUGAGAUGGGCACCUGGCCCUGCAGGGCUGGCUGAGGUCUCCUUUUGUGGGCAGAGAGGCACUCCAGGCUGGCUUUCAGGACCAACAUGUGGCAGACUCCGCCCUUGAAAUAAUCUAGACACAGCAACCUCUUGCUCCUGUCCCAGGGCCUCUCUCUGCCUGGGUGAGAGGGUGCCCUUUGUCACCAGCCUGUUUUGUCCUCGCCUCUCUGGGGUUGUGGGACCACUCUCCCCUCCCCCUGCCCAGCUCCCCUGUGCCCAAGGCUUCACCUCUUUCUGUGUCUCCCCCAAGAAAACAGCUUCCAGAGAGCAUGAGAGCAGCCACUAGCGAGGGGACGCUGCUGCACGCCGCUCCUGGGGGAACACCACAGACAUCGUUGCCCACACUCUUCCACACAUUGUCAUGUGGCCACUCAUGAAACAAAAGCACGCAAUGACAAGGUCAUAUACGGUCCUGACCCCCCCACCAAUCAAGACAUGUUGCAAAAACA